AUGGAAUUAAGUUUAAUUCUUAAUCUACAAGAUCACGAAGGAUCUUCCCAUCGCAAAAAGCCAUUAAAUUUUGAUAAAGAGACCUCAGUCGAGCAAUUGAGCAAGGCGAUCAAUUCUUUAUGGAACAUCGACGAGAAAUAUCAAGAACUUUUUUUUAAUGGCCAACAGAUUCUUUCUCUUAAAUCAACGCUUCAAGAUAUCGGUGUCAAGGAUGACGAUGAAAUUGUUGUAAAACAUGCAGAUCUUCCAUGGUGGAACGAGUACAAACGCUGUGUUGAGCAAGUGUUGAAGCAGCGCUCGGACAAAGUUGAAAUGGCAAAAGAAGCUGUCCAAUAUUAUGAACGUUUAACCAAAAGCGGAUUCUUCUAUGUCUACGCCCAAUUCAACAUUUUUCGAAGCCAGAAUCAUACUAAAGUCGCUGCUUGGACCGAUGGUGACGUGGGAUUGAUUCGUAAAGCGACGGAGCAGUAUUUCCACAACCUCCAUGAUCAGAAGAGAGGAAAUGAAGAUUCCAAAUUCACUUGUUAUUUUGAAGAACGAGACGCGGACUUAGGAGGAAGGCCAACGAACACACUUGCUUUUGUCCAGAUUCAUGGAGAAGAUUCGGUUUCGAAGUACAACAUUAAAUGCCAUCAUUAUGACCCAAAAGGCUCGAGCUCAGGAAAGGUGCCGGACGUCUCCGAAUUCUAUUGCUAUAAAUUAUUAUCAUCAAUCGGUGUCUGCCCCAAAUCUCAUAUUAUCCCUCCUUGUAUAUCGACUGGAACCAAAACAAGCACAUACAUUGCUACUCAAUGGGACGACAGAUUUGAGCUUCUUGAAAACGUUAUUGAUGGGAACAGCCUUUGCGCGGAUGUCGUUGUUCAGUUGGUUAUGCUUAGAGUGCUCCUAUUCAUUUCUGAUCUACAUGAACAGAACUGCGGAAGGUGGAAAGGGACACAGCACGCCGCAAUUGUUGACUUUGCCCCUACAAACGAUUUCAAGAUUUAUCCAGAUAUCAAAAGCGAACUCAUCACAACUUUUCCACACAAAGGAUGGGAAAAACAAUAUUCUGCUGUGAAAAAUCAACACGACGACAACUCCUGGUUGAUGAUCGCAAAGGUGUAUUUGGAUAAGAUUCCAGACGUUUCCGGAGCACAUCCGACACCGCUUCACUCCGAGGAGGAACGGCCAAAAAUGCCACAUUUCCAUAAAUGGAGAUGUGAUCAACUGUCUUGUCGGUACGUUUUCUUCAUUUUUCUAAUUUCAAAAAUAUCUGACCAUAAGUUCGACGUCAUAACUGGUGUUAUGACUAAGUAUUCGAAGCAAGCUGUUGAACUGUUCAAGGAUUUUGUGGAAGCGACAACGACUGACGUGCGAGCAAGUUGGCAUGAGUAUGAAGCAUUGACGAAGAGGUCGUGUGGAAAAAACUGGCGAUUUCGAAGCGAGCUACCUGCGUUUGGUAAAAUUAAUGUUAGUCGGAUUUCACAUGGAGAUCGUCUUGUAGUCAAGAAGGUGACUGCUGAUAAUGGUCUCGUCGUAACAUUCCAAGGAAUUCGAAAAUGCACCAAUCCCGAGUGCAUCGAUGAGGGCGCCAUGGGCAUCAACGGGGACGCUGUGGAAAAAUUGGUGAAGGCGCAACUUCAUGUUUAUUGCGACGAAUGUGGAAAAGAAGCAGUGGACAUCGUGCGACUCACUGUUGGAACAUACAAUAUGCACUUUUCCAUUUGUCCAGUUGAGUUGGGAAUUAUUGUGAAGAUUUUGACGCUCUAA